AAGCUUUAGAUAAAGUUCACCAAGUAAGCUAAUAAGCUACUGCUGGACAUGCGAGGGGUACAGCGUACAGACUGCAACUUGUACUCCCAUUGAGCUCAAAUCAAAAUGACAGGYCUGAAACUAACCUUCACAAAUGAAGCCUUGAUUCGUAAAGCCCCAAAGUAAUUCUGUACAGUGAUGACAGUAGGAAGUUUGUAGAGCAUGAAGUACGCACAAAGUAAAAGUUGGUGGAGAGCGGAACUUGAACGGCUUGCCAGUUGUCGGACGAUGACCGGAAGGGAUCGGCAAACGCUCGGGCUGAACGGACGGCGUCUUCACGCAAAUUUACGUGCGCAACCGGCCGGAGCAAAAAAUAAAGAGAAUUCUCACAUGGAUUACGUCACUCCUUUCCACGAUGGGCUGCCUGUGUAGAGGURUUUGAAUUAUUCAAUAUGGCGGAAGAGCUAUUCAGGUUCUGUAGCAUUUCUUCCAUUUUCGUGUUAAAUUUAUAAAAGAUAAAACCAAUAACAAUGCAUGUUUUAGGAUAUUAACCAAAGGAAGAUUUUUAGAGUUUAAAUUCAAUGGAUAUAAGCCUGAUUGAAGACGUGUAUCGAAAUGCAAGAGAUGGAGGCUCGUCUAACCUUAAAAUAUUGCUUAGUAGUUUCAAAUCCCGCAGAAAGGACAAGCUUGUGGAUCUUUUGGAGCAUAAAACUAAGGACGUUGACCAGUUAACAACUCCAUUAAUAAUUGCAUCAAGAAAUGGUAAUCUUAAAUGCGUAAAAAUCCUUCUGUCYUACAAUGCCGACAUCGAAGCAAAAGGGACAGUUAAAGUGGAUGACCAAAUCAUUGAAGAGACGUCUGCUCUCUGGGCUGCGGCUGCUAAAGGCGAAAUGGAUGUUGUAAAGUGUUUGGUAAAGGCUGGGGCUAAUGUUAACUCCAAGACAAAAACCAACUCUACGCCUCUAAGAGCAACAGCUUACGAUGGUCGAAUCGAUAUUGUUAGCUAUUUGGUUGAACACGGGGCAGAAGUCAAUGUGAAAAACAAUUUUGAUAACACUCCAUUGAUGGUUGCAUGUUACAACGGUCACAGGACAGUUGUUAGUUAUCUUAUUGAGAAGGGAGCAGGUUUAAAUGUUCAAGACAGGCAAGGGAAUACUGUGUUGCAUUAUGCAGUAGAGAGAGGGCAUGUUGAUAUAGUUAAAGAUCUAGUUUCAAAGCAGGUUCUUCAACUACCAAAUAAACUAGGGCUUACUCCAUUACUUCUUGCUAGUAAUGAAUGCAAGAUAGAAAUGGUAGAGUACUUGAUUACUAGGGCAGAGUACAGUGAAGUUGAAAUUAUAGAUAGCCUAGAGUUACUCGGUGCCACACUUGCUAAUGAGCCAGAUGCGUAUAAUCUAGAGAAGGCAUUUCAUUACAUGAUGGAAGGGGUAAAGAGACGUUAURAUGGAACCAAGUGCAUCUUUAAAAAAGAAGUUCUCCCCCCAAUGAAAGCCUAUCAAGAAAAAGUUGAAUGCCAAACUAUGGAAGAACUUUCAAGCAUUCAAAAUGACCCACAUGCUAUUCACAUGGAGGGACUUAUCAUGAGAGAAAGGAUCUUGAAACCCACUAAUACAGAGCUGCGAUUUCCUAUCAGAUAUAGAGGUGCUGUUUUUGCUGACUCAGCCAACUUUGAAUUGUGCAUUUCCCURUGGAAGCAUGCGAUGGACAUYGGUCAGCAAAAUGACAUCAUAAUAGUUGAUGAUCUGAAGAUUUUUGGUGAUUUCUUCUGUCAYAUGAUUCAGCGUAAAGUACUGCCAUGCUUUGAUGAUGUUCUAGAUGUGUUUGAAUAUUCAGUAUUGGAGUAUGAAAAAAUAAGGAAAAAGAUCCARGCAGCAGAGGAAAAGAAAAAUCAGUCAUUGAAUACUGACUUAGAGAGUAUCCUACACAGAUCCCUCUACUUGCUUACGAUUUUUAACAAGUUAAAAUACUCAGAAAACGAGGAUAGGUUACUGCAAAAACUUCUGUACAAGUAUCUCUGUCUUGACCCCAGAACAAAAACAGGAAAGACGCUGUUACACCUUGCUGUUUCCAGUAAAACACCAACUGAUGAGCAUUACACAAGAGAUAUCUGCCACUACCCGUGUCUUGUAACAACAAGGUUAUUGUUACACACUGGUGCUCAAGUA